UUACCCCUAUGCAUCCCGUAAGAUAAACGAAAUGAAGCAUUUAUUUUCCGGACAGGAAUAAAAUCCAGUCGGUUAAAUUUAUAAAAACGAAGCAUCUUGACUAUAGUUAUCUUGGGAAGGAUGCGCGGGUCGCGUCAAACGAGUGUUGGUAAACAAUAGAAUCUUCCGUUUUCCGCGAAGAGGCAACAGAAAGAAUCGGGAACAUUCAGAAUUGGUUUUAGUGGUUUAGAUAUUCCGAGUUUCACUCGUAUUUCGUGAACAUAUUGGCAAUAAGAAGUGUUAAAUCAAUGCCAAAAGAUGCUGACUAAAUAUUGUCGGAUUUGCUUAACUAGCGCAAGUGUUGUUAAUCAGCUCGACGAAGUAGUGCAUAAAUCCCUGACUCUCUAUGCAAUGCUGUGCAAACUGUAUCCCGAAGCCUUCAGUGGCUGUGAAAACCACCAAUGGCCUACGCGAGUUUGCGGAAACUGCAAGCACGGCAUAUUGGAAGCGUACAGGUUGUACGCAGUUUGCAUGUCAACCUUCAGUGUAUUGAAGAAUCAACUGCCGAAUAGUUUGAUCAAACCGUGCCAGUUAACCUUUCAAUCUGACCGGCCUGUGACCAGUAAUUCUUUUUCUGGUCAAGAUGGAAUAGAUUUUAAAAAUACUGUUAUAAUCAUAGACGAUGAAGAAGAUGACAAACGUAGUCCAAUGGAUGAGCAGGAAGUUAAAUUUUACACGCAAAAUGAGAAAACCGACGAUGAAGAACAUGACAGUUGUGAAACAUUUUUAAUGGGUGAGCAGGCCAUCGCCCAUGAAUCUAUUAAAAACACAUCCUUAGCAUUAGAACCACUCAAUGCUGAAAUAUUUAAAGUUGAUAGUGCAGCAGCAACCUGUAAAACGGCCAAUACUGUUGGACAGCCGAUAAAUAUGGCUACUUCAAUUGAUGAAGAGCAAGAGGAAGAUUCUAGGGAAAGUAUGGAUUUUUUGGAUGAUGUAGAGGAUAGCUUGCAUGGUACCUACAAUGAUGAUAACCAAGCUGAAAAAAUGAUGAAUGAAAAAGCGGUAACAGAGCAAGCAGCAUCAGAUAGCAUCGUGAAAUCUAAGAGCUUCAAAGAUGAUUGCGAUGAAUCGGAAGGCGAAGAUAUUUUUGCAGAAAUGUUUUCUUCGGAGAUAUUCAGUUGUAAAUCUUGCCGAGUCGUAUUUGUAGACAAAGAAUCACACGUGACGCAUGUGAAAAAUCAUAAAAAAGGGUAUACAAAGUUUUGCAAAAUGUGUAAUGAAGGUUUCAAAACCGUAUCUGAUCUUUGUGCCCAUGAAUGUUACUCUAAUUCUUCGACUCUUUGUUGGAUUUGUGGCAAAACAAUGGACGCAUCAAGUAACUACAAGGCACAUAUGAAAUCUCAUACAUACCCAAAGACAAUAAAAGCGACAAUGUGGGAUUGUCAAUUAUGUCCUCUACGAUUCUCCACCGAAUACCAUUUGAAAGCCCAUUUAGUAACGCACAAGAAACAACAAUUAUAUUGCUGUGAUGUGUGUGGUGUCAAGGUUACAACAAAGCGUUAUUUCCUAAAGCAUCAAUGGACACGUCACAAGGCUACAAAGGAAGAGCUAUACACAUUUUCCUGUGAGAUUUGCAGCCAAAGGUUUUCGUCAAUAUAUAUUCUUAAAAGGCACAUGAACACCCACACGGGCCUUAGACCCUACAGUUGCGUGUAUUGUAAUCGUGUUUAUGGCAGUGGCGGCGAUUUGGUAGAGCACGUCGCUAAGCAUCACGUUGGUAACGAUAAUAUCUAUCAGUGCCAUCUGUGUGAUGCAGAUUUCCCGAAGAUAAAGAAGCUUAAAGACCAUUAUGAAGUACAUUACAGAAAUGGUGAGAAAUUGGACAACGAAAUUCUCACAGAAUUCGGAAGGUUUCGGUUCACCAUUAUGGAUUUGUUAAAAAUGCGACGUCGUAAAGAAACGACAGCGUUAAGUAAUGAUAACGCAAAUAAUUAGUUUCCAAGCAGUUCAACAUGUAAAAAUCAACCAUGAGCAAAUUAAAAUCAAUAUGGCACAAAUA